AUGGGGGAAGGCGAGAGCUGCUCAAACUGUUCAAACUGUUCAAACUCGCGGCCCCGUGUGCACUUUCCACAAGAGAAAGAAGCACUUACCACUGUGCUUUGUGAAAUUGAGGAUGUUCUAUCUUUGACUUCUGAAGACAAGAAGAGACUGUGGUUUUCUCGCAGCGAUUACGACUUUAGCAAGUCUUCUGCUCGCGUAGUUGCCAAGGAAUCCGAACGGUACGGUAAAUCGAAACAUCUCGAUAACUCUUAUGUCAAGACAUUUGAUCAAGAUGCCCAAACAAGUCUGAAUCUGUGGGCAUUGCAUGGACCCCAACGAAGAGGACUGGAGCGAUGGGCCAAUUCGGCUCAUGGUGACAUGAGAAAGAAGGACCAACACCGGUAUAUGAGCAGUCUACUACGCGCUCAAACAGACAUGAAUUUAAAAGGCGUGGAACCUGAUGUUCGCUGGCAAAUGCUGCAAACCAUUAGUAAUGGACUCUCCCAGCGAUCUCGCCAGUUUGCGCAGAUGAUGGCGGCUGCCGAUGCGGAAGCCGCCAAAUGGGAGCACGGAACUGCUGCUACUGCUGCCGAAGGAAAUCUCACAAAUACUAAUCUAUCUUCUCCCAAACAAGCAAAGCGUGCAAGCUUGGGACUAGGAUCAAGGCAAGGGUCAAGGCCGAACUUGAGGGGGGUUGCCAGAACUCGUUCCUCCGCGUCCCCCAACUUGGGUGGGAUUGCCCGAAAACGUUCUUCGAUUGGCUCUCCGACGCCUACUACCAGGCGUACCUCGGGGGCAUCUCCAAGAAUAUCCAUCCGUACCCGACCUGCACGGGUAUCUCGCAUGGCCUAA